GUCUCUGAAUGUGAGUCUUUGACCUGUAGUGGGACUCGAUCCCGCGGUGUCAGCACUCUAGAGCCGUUAUAAACAGCCUCCUCCCGCCUCUCAGCCUCUUCUGUGCGGAGACACAGUCAGCCAAACCGUCCAGAACCAGAACCAGAACCAGAACCAGAACCAGAACCAAGAACCACCUCAGCCUCAUCUCACACCAUGACCACUGCUGCUCAGCCCAUAUUCGACAAGGGAGAGGACUGCAAGGCCGCCUGGCACGACGCUAGCGCCGGCUACAAUGAGGCCGACACGCACCUGGAGAUCAUGGGCAAGCCCGUGAUGGAGCGCUGGGAGACCCCGUACAUGCACUCCCUGUCCACCGUUGCAGCCUCAAAAGGCGGGCGGGUUCUGGAGAUCGGUUUCGGCAUGGCCAUCGCCGCCACCAAGCUGGAGUCUUACCCCAUCGAGGAGCACUGGAUCAUUGAGUGCAACGAUGGCGUCUUCGCCAGGCUGGAGAACUGGGCCAAGGCUCAGCCACACAAGGUCGUCCCUCUGAAGGGUCUCUGGGAGAACGUUGUUCCCACCCUGCCAGACAACCACUUUGAUGGUAUCCUGUAUGACACAUACCCUCUGUCAGAGGACACAUGGCACACUCACCAGUUUGACUUCAUCAAGGGUCACGCUCACAGGAUGCUGAAGAGCGGUGGCGUCCUCACCUACUGUAACCUGACGUCCUGGGGAGAGCUGCUCAAGACCAAAUACGACAACAUCGACAAGAUGUUUGAGGAGACUCAGGUGCCUCAUCUGCUCCAAGCCGGCUUCAAGAAGGAGAAUAUCAGCACCACCACCAUGGACAUCGCACCACCCACCGAAUGCAAAUACUAUUCCUUCAAUAAGAUGAUCACUCCCACCAUCGUCAAGCUGUAAAGUCUCAAGAUGCUGCUGCAAACUUUUUUUAUGACCAUAAUGUGCCUUCUUCUUCUCCUGAACAUCCU